AUGGAUCAAACAUAUUGCCAUCCACAUCCUUAUCAUCAUCACCAUCUUGGAACCACUUGGGGACACCCUUACCAUCAUCAUCAUCAUCAUGGUGGCCAUCAUUUUGGAUACGGACAUAAUCAUCAUCAUCAUCACAUAGGACCAGAUUUCGGAUUUGGCUUUCAUCAUCACGGUGGUUUUGGAGAUGGACAUCAUCACCAUCAUGGUCAUUGUUGA